GCCCGACCUGCGAUUUCUCCGGGAGCGUUAGCGGACGGUGCCGUGGAGUUUUCCAAAAUGCCUGAAGCAAACUAUUUGUUAUCUGUAUCUUGGGGUUACAUUAAGUUCAAGAGGAUGCUGAACCGGGAGCUGACACACCUCUCCGAGAUGAGCCGCUCCGGCAACCAGGUGUCCGAGUACAUUUCCAACACCUUCCUGGACAAGCAGAAUGAUGUGGAGAUUCCUUCUCCCACCCAGAAAGACAGAGAGAAGAAGAAAAAACAGCAGCUCAUGACACAGAUCAGUGGAGUGAAGAAAUUAAUGCACAGUUCAAGCUUAAAUAACACCAGCAUUUCACGAUUUGGUGUGAAAACAGAAAAGGAAGACCAUCUGGCCAAGGAACUGGAAGAUCUGAACAAGUGGGGUCUUAACAUCUUCAACGUUGCGAGGUACUCGCACAACCGGCCGCUCACCUGCAUCAUGUACGCGAUAUUCCAGGAGCGAGAUCUGCUGAAAACCUUCAAGAUCUCCUCAGACACUUUUGUAACGUACAUGAUGACCCUGGAAGACCAUUACCACUCGGACGUGGCUUACCACAACAGCCUCCAUGCUGCUGACGUUGCCCAGUCCACCCACGUUCUGCUCUCUACCCCUGCACUGGAUGCUGUCUUCACUGAUUUGGAAAUCCUUGCUGCAAUUUUUGCAGCUGCCAUUCAUGAUGUGGAUCACCCGGGGGUCUCCAAUCAAUUUCUUAUUAAUACAAAUUCUGAGCUGGCCCUGAUGUACAACGAUGAGUCUGUCUUGGAGAACCACCACCUUGCUGUGGGCUUCAAACUGCUUCAGGAGGAGCACUGUGACAUCUUCCAGAACCUGACCAAGAAGCAGCGUCAGACACUCAGGAAGAUGGUGAUUGACAUGGUCUUGGCAACGGAUAUGUCCAAGCAUAUGAGCCUGUUAGCUGAUCUGAAGACCAUGGUGGAAACUAAGAAAGUGACCAGUUCAGGAGUCCUCCUUCUGGACAACUACACAGACAGAAUACAGGUUCUCAGGAACAUGGUACAUUGCGCCGACUUGAGCAACCCCACCAAGUCUCUGGAGCUGUACCGGCAGUGGACGGACAGGAUCAUGGAGGAGUUCUUCCAGCAGGGAGACAAGGAGAGGGAAAGGGGCAUGGAAAUCAGCCCCAUGUGCGACAAGCACACGGCGUCAGUGGAAAAAUCCCAGGUGGGAUUCAUUGACUACAUCGUCCAUCCGCUCUGGGAGACGUGGGCUGACCUGGUGCAGCCCGAUGCCCAGGACAUCCUGGACACGCUGGAGGACAACAGGAACUGGUACCAGAGCAUGAUACCUCAGAGCCCCUCUCCUCCCCUGGAGGAGCAGGGCAGGGACUGCCAGAACAUGAUGGAGAAGUUCCAGUUUGAACUGACGCUGGAGGAGGAGGAUUCGGACGGGCCGGAGAAGGACGGCGAGAGCAUCGGCUACUUCAGCAAUACAAAGACACUCUGCGUGGCUGACCCAGGGGAGGAGGAUUCACAGAGGGAGGCCAACAUAGAAAUUGUGACAGAGGACACGUCCCCUGUCGACACAUAA